AUGGCUUCUUUUGUGCAACCUUCUUCAUCACCUCAUCUUGCAAGUGAAGAAGAUGAACAAAAAUAUGCGAAUGUGAAUUGGGAAGAGCUUGGAUUCGGACUGAUUCCAACAGAUUAUAUGUAUGUGGCGAAAUGCAAACAAGGAGAGAGCUUUUCAGAAGGGAAGCUUGUUCCUUAUGGGGACAUUUCAAUUAGCCCUUGUUCUGGAAUUCUCAACUAUGGCCAGGGACUAUUUGAAGGUCUAAAGGCUUACCGGACAGAAGACGAACGGAUCAUGCUCUUCAGGCCUAACCAAAAUGGUCUUCGUAUGCAAACGGGUGCGGAUAAGCUUUGUAUGACAUCUCCUUCUGAGGAGCAAUUCGUCAAAGCAAUUAAGAAAACUGUGCUUGCCAACAAGAAAUGGGUUCCUCCUCCGGGUAAAGGAACAUUGUAUAUAAGGCCUCUGCUCAUAGGGAGUGGUGCUGUCCUUGGAAUAGCUUCAGCACCAGAAUUUACCUUCCUCAUCUACGUAUCUCCCGUUGGAAUUUACCAACAGACAAGCUCAGGCUUGAACCUCAAAGUUGAUCACCAACAUCGCAGAGCCCACUCGGGUGGAACGGGAUGUGUGAAGAGCUGCACGAAUUAUUCUCCUGUUGUGAAAAAGAUGCAAGAAGCAAAGGCAUUGGGUUUCUCUGAUGUCUUGUUCCUGGACGCAGCAACUGGUAGAAAUAUCGAAGAGGUUUCUACUUGUAACAUCUUCAUUGUCAAGGGAAACGUUGUGUCCACUCCACUAACUUCUGGAACCAUUUUACCCGGAAUCACAAGGAAGAGCAUAACCGAGCUAGCUCGUGAUCUUGGUUACCAGGUUCAAGAACGUGAUAUUUCUGUGGAUGAGCUAUUGGAGGCAGAAGAAGUUUUCUGCACGGGAACUGCAGUGGUCGUUCAAGCUGUUGAAACCAUGACCUUCCAUGACAAGAAGGUGAAAUACAUGAUGGGAGAAGAAACAUUGUCUACCAAGCUUCACUCAAUGUUGACGAGUAUUCAGAAAGGUCUUGUUGAAGAUACAAAAGGUUGGAUGGUGGAGAUCGAUCUUUAA